UAUUUGGCCACUUUGAGAUUUCCUCAGCGAGGAGGGUUUUUUACUCAAUAGAGCAGGACUUCUGGUUAUAUGUGCAUCUGAAGGGCUGAUUGCAGGCAAUGAAGCAGUAGAACAUUAGCAGGUGUAGACAUACCCCACACCACCUGCCAAGAUGGUGGCCCUGUCCCUGAAGAUCUGCGUCUGCCAGUGCAACCUGGUGAAGACCAUGCAGUUUGAGCCGUCCACGGCCGUCUACGACGCCUGCAGAAUCAUCAGAGAGAGGGUUCCCGAAGCCCAGACUGGACAAGCCUCAGACUACGGUCUGUUCCUUUCUGAUGAGGACCUCAGGAAAGGCAUCUGGCUGGAGUCAGGAAGAACUCUGGAUUAUUACAUGCUGCGGAAUGGGGAUAUCAUUGAAUACAAGAAGAAACAGAGGCCAUUGAAGAUCAAGAUGCUGGAUGGAGCUGUGAAAACCAUCAUGGUGGACGACUCCAAAACAGUGGGAGAGCUGCUAGUGACGAUAUGCAGUAGAAUAGGAAUCACCAACUACGAGGAGUACUCUCUGAUCCAGGAGGUAAUGGAGGAGAAGAAGGAGGAUGGGACGGGCACCCUGAAGAAAGACAGGACUCUGCUCCGAGACGAGAGGAAGAUGGAGAAACUCAAAGCCAAGCUUCACACAGACGAUGACUUGAACUGGCUUGACCACAGCAGAACGUUCCGUGAGCAGGGGGUGGAGGAGACCGAAACUCUUCUGCUCAGGAGGAAGUUCUUCUACUCAGACCAGAACGUGGACUCACGAGACCCGGUCCAGCUCAACCUGCUCUAUGUCCAGGCACGAGAUGACAUCCUAAAUGGUUCUCACCCUGUGUCCUUCGACAAGGCCUGUGAGUUUGCAGGGAUUCAGGCUCAGAUCCAGUUUGGACCGCACAUAGAACACAAACACAAGCCUGGAUUCCUAGACCUCAAGGAGUUUCUACCUAAAGAAUAUAUCAAGCAGCGAGGGAAUGAAAAGAAAAUCUUUCAGGACCACAAGAACUGUGGUGAGAUGACAGAGAUAGAAGCUAAAGUAAAGUACGUGAAGCUAGCCAGGUCCCUAAGGACAUACGGAGUGUCUUUCUUCCUGGUGAAGGAGAAGAUGAAGAGUAAGAAUAAGCUGGUCCCCAGGCUGUUGGGGAUAACCAAAGAGUCAGUGAUGAGGGUGGAGGAGAAGACCAAAGACGUGGUGCAGGAGUGGCCCCUCACCACUGUAAAGAGAUGGGCCGCCUCGCCCAAGAGCUUCACCCUGGAUUUUGGGGAGUACCAGGAGAGCUACUACUCAGUCCAGACCACUGAGGGAGAACAAAUCUCUCAGCUCAUCGCUGGAUACAUCGACAUCAUCCUCAAAAAGAAGCAAAGUAAAGACCGUUUUGGUUUAGAAGGAGAUGAAGAAUCCACCAUGCUGGAAGAAUCUGUCUCCCCUAAGAAGUCGACGAUCCUGCAGCAGCAGUUUAACCGUGUGGGUCGUGUGGAGCAUGGCUCUGUGGCUCUACCAGGGGUGAUCAGGUCUGGCUCUAUAGGAGCAGAGUCUCUCAGCAUGGGCACCAUGCCUUCUGCACAGCAACAGGUCAUCAUGGGACAGAUGCACCGAGGACACAUGCCACCACUGAGCUCGGCCCAGCAGGCCCUGAUGGGGACCAUCAACACCAGUAUGCAGGCAGUACAGCAGGCACAGGCUGAUCUGGGGGAGGUGGACAACCUGCCUCCUCUGGGACAGGACAUGGCGUCCAAGGUGUGGAUCCAGAACAAGGUGGAUGAGUCCAAACAUGAGAUCCACUCCCAGGUGGACGCCAUCACCGCAGGAACAGCUUCUGUGGUCAACCUCACCGCUGGUGACCCGACAGACACAGACUACACUGCAGUGGGCUGUGCCAUCACCACCAUCUCCUCCAACCUGACAGAGAUGUCUAAGGGUGUGAAGCUACUGGCUGCUCUUAUAGAGGACGACACGGGCGGGAGCAAUGACCUUAUGGGUGCCGCUAGGAACCUUGCUGGGGCCGUCUCUGACCUGCUCAAGGCUGUGGAGCCUGCCUCCGGAGAGCCCCGUCAGACUGUGCUGAGUGCAGCAGGCAGUAUAGGCCAGGCCAGUGGGGACCUGCUGCUUCAGAUAGGAGAGAACGAGUCAGACGAGAGGUUCCAGGAGGUGCUGAUGAUCCUGGCCAAGGCGGUGGCCAACGCGGCAGCCAUGAUGGUGCUGAAGGCGAAGAAUGUGGCCCAGGUGGCAGACGACACGGUCCUACAGAACAGAGUAAUCGCUGCUGCCACGCAGUGUGCCCUCUCCACCUCCCAGCUGGUGGCCUGUGCCAAGGUGGUGAGUCCCACCAUCAGCUCCCCAGUGUGCCAGGAGCAGCUGAUUGAGGCAGGGAAGCUGGUAGACCGCUCAGUGGAGGGCUGUGUCCAGGCCUGUCUGUCUGCCACAGUCGACGGGGAGAUGCUGAAGCAGGUGAGUUCUGCAGCCAGUGUUGUCGGUCAGGCCCUGGGGGACCUGCUGGAGCACGUAUGCCACUACGCCUCCCACGGCGAGCCCAUUGGUCGCUACGACCAGGCCACCGACACCAUCAUGACCGUAACAGAGAGCAUCUUCAGCUCCAUGGGAGACGCAGGAGAGAUGGUUCGGCAGGCCAGGGUCCUAGCUCAGGCCACCUCUGACCUGGUGAAUGCCAUGCGGUCAGAUGCUGAGGUGGAAGUGGAUGUUGACAACUCUAAGAAGCUACUUGCUGCAGCUAAACUACUGGCAGACGCCACAGCCAGGAUGGUGGAGGCUGCUAAGGGCGCAGCGGCAUACCCAGAGAACGAAGACCAGCAGCAGAGACUGAGGGAGGCGGCUGAGGGGUUGCGCGUGGCCACCAACGCUGCAGCUCAGAACGCCAUCAAGAAGAAGCUCAUUAACAGGCUAGAGAAUGCCGCCAAGCAAGCUGCAGCUGCAGCCACCCAGACCAUCGCUGCCUCCCAGAAUGCAGCAACCUCCAACAAGAACACCGCCGCUCACCAGCAAUUAGUGCAGAGCUGCAAGGCCAUGGCAGACCACAUUCCCCGGCUGGUCCAGGGGGUAAGGGGCAGCCAGGCCCAGCCUGAAGACCUCACUACCCAGCUAGCCCUCAUCACCACCAGUCAGAACUUCCUACAGCCUGGCAGUAAGAUGGUGACAUCAGCGAAGUCGUCUGUUCCCACGGUGAUGGACCAGGCCGCUGCUAUGCAGCUGGGUCAGUGUGCCAAAAACCUGGCCACCAGCCUGGCAGAGCUCAGAACCGUAGCACAGAAGGCCCACGAAGCCUGCGGCCCCAUGGAGAUCCACUCAGCUCUCACAGCCGUCCAGACUCUGAAGACUGAGCUCCAAGACGCCAAGAUGGCUGCCAUAGACAUGCAGCUGAAACCACUACCUGGAGAAUCGAUGGAGCAGUGUGCUCGGGAUCUGGGCAGCACCUCCAAGUCUGUGGGAUCCUCCAUGGCUCAGCUGCUCACCUGUGCUGCACAGGGCAAUGAACACUACACAGGGUUAGCAGCCAGAGAGACAGCCCAGGCCCUGAAGACUCUAGCCCAGGCAGCGCGGGGCGUGGCAGCCUCUACCACCAACCCUCAGGUAGCGGCGUCCAUGUUGGAUUCAGCCUGUGAUGUUAUGGAAGGCUCGGCCAUGCUGAUCCAUGAGGCCAAGCAGGCCCUGGUCUCUCCCGGUGACGCAGAGAGCCAGCAGAGGCUAGCCCAGGUGGCCAAGUCUGUGUCCCACUCUCUGAAUAACUGUGUCAACUGCCUGCCUGGCCAGAAGGAUGUGGACAUGGCCCUCAGGAGCAUUGGAGAGGCCAGCAAGAAACUGCUGGGAGAAACGCUCCCUCCAUCCACCAGGUCGUUCCAGGAGGCCCAGAGCGAGCUGAACCAGACCGCAGCAGAUCUGAACCAAUCAGCAGGAGACGUAGUCCACGCCUCCCGCGGCUCCAGCACCCAGCUCGCAGACGCAUCUGGGAAGUUUAGCGAAGACUUUGAUGAGUUCCUGGACGCCGGCAUUGAGAUGGCUGGGCACACUCAGAGGAAAGAUGAGCAGAUCCAGGUGAUAGGUAACCUGAAGAACAUCUCCAUGGCUUCCAGCAAGCUGCUCCUGGCAGCCAAGUCUCUGUCUGUAGACCCUGGGGCAGCUAACGCCAAGAACCUUCUGGCUGCUGCUGCAAGAGCAGUGACAGAGAGCAUUAACCAGCUAAUCACAUUGGCCACACAGCAGGCCCCGGGACAGAAGGAGUGUGACAAUGCCCUACGAGAGCUGGAGGCGGUGAAAGGAAUGUUAGCCAACCCCAACGAGCCAGUCAGCAACCUCUCCUACUUCCACUGCAUCGAGAGCGUCAUGGAGAACUCCAAGGUCCUGGGAGAGUCCAUGGCUGGCAUUUCUCAGAACUGUAAAACCGGGGAUGUGCCAGCAUUUGGGGGCUGUGUGGGACUGGCCUCCAAGGCCCUGUGUGGGCUCACUGAGGCUGCAGGACAGGCCUCCUACCUGGUGGGCGUGUCUGACCCCAACAGUCAGGCAGGGCAUCAGGGGUUGGUCGACGCCAUCCAGUUUGCACGAGCCAAUCAGGCGAUCCAGAUGGCCUGUCAGAACCUGGUGGAUCCGGACAGCAGCCCCUCACAGGUGCUGUCGUCUGCCACCAUCGUAGCAAAGCACACAUCAGCUCUUUGCAACGCCUGUCGCCUGGCCUCCUCCAAGACAGCCAACCCCACAGCCAAGAGACACUUUGUCCAGUCUGCCAAGGAGGUGGCCAACAGCACAGCCAACCUGGUCAAAACUAUAAAGGCUCUGGAUGGUGAUUUCUCUCAGGAGAAUAGGAACACGUGUCUGGUGGCCACAGCUCCACUCAUAGAGGCUGUUGAGAACCUCACAGCGUUUGCGUCUAAUCCAGAGUUCGCCAGCAGCCCUGCUCAGAUCAGCAAUGAGGGCUCUGCCGCUCAGGAGCCCAUCCUCCAAUCCGCUCGCUCCAUGCUGGACAGCUCCACCCACCUGCUGAAGACUGCACGUUCACUGGUUAUUAACCCCAAAGACCCACCCACCUGGUCGGUCCUGGCUGGCCACUCUCGGACUGUGUCCGACUCCAUCAAAGGUCUCAUCACGGCCAUCAGGGACAAGGCUCCAGGCCAGAGGGAGUGUGACUACUCCAUAGAUAACAUCAACAGAUGUAUCCGGAACAUUGAGCAGGCCUCGCUAGCCGCAGUCAGCCAGAACCUGGCCAGCAGGGAUGACAUCUCACUGGAGGCCUUGCAAGAGCAGCUGACGUCGACAGUGCAAGAGAUUGGAUACCUAAUCAACCCAAUAUCUACAGCUGCUAGAGGGGAAGCUGCCCAACUAGGACACAAGGUGACCCAACUGGCGGGCUACUUUGAGCCUCUGAUCAGGGCGUCGGUGGGUGUGGCGUCCAAGCUGCAGGACCACCAGCAGCAGAUGACCUUCCUGGACCAGACUAAGACCCUGGCAGAGUCCGCCCUGCAGAUGAUCUACGCAGCCAAGGAGGGAGGAGGAAACCCCAAGGCGUCCCAUACCCAUGAUGCCAUAGCGGAGGCUUCCCAGCUGAUGAGGGAGGCGGUGGAUGACAUCAUGGUGACCCUGAACGAGGCCGCCAGCGAAGGGGGUAUGGUGGGCGCCAUGGUGGACUCUAUUGCUGAGGCCAUGGGAAGGCUGGACGAGGGGACCUCUCCUGAACCAGAAGGAUCGUUUGUAGACUACCAGACUACCAUGGUGAAAUACUCCAAGGCCAUUGCGGUCACCGCCCAGGAAAUGAUGACCAAGUCUGUGACGUGUCCAGAGGAGCUGGGGGGUCUGGCCUCUCGGGUGACCACAGACUACAGCCAGCUGGCCCUGCAGGGACGUCUGGCCGCGCACACUGCAGAACCCCAGGAGAUUGGUUUCCAGAUCAAGGCUGAUGUUCAGGAGCUGGGUCACGGCUGUAUCUUCCUGGUGCAGAAGGCUGGAGCGCUGCAGAUCACCCCCUCAGACAGUUACACCAAGAGAGAGCUCAUAGAGUGUGCCCGCACUGUCACAGAGAAGGUGUCGAUGGUGCUGUCGGCCCUACAGGCUGGUAAUAAGGGCACUCAGGCCUGCAUCACAGCUGCCAGUGCUGUCUCUGGCAUCAUCGCUGAACUGGACACCACCAUCAUGUUCGCCUCCGCUGGCACACUCAACGCAGAGAAUGACGAGUCCUUCGCUGACCACAGUCCCCCUACUCUACAGUCCCCCUACUCUACAGUCUCCCCUACUCCUCUGCCCCCUACUCCACAGCCCCCUACUCUACAGCCCCCUACUCUACAGUCCCCCUACUCGACAGCCCCCUACUCUACAGCCCCCUACUCUACAGCCCCCUACUCCACAGCCCCCUACUCCUCUGCCCCCCUACUCCACAGCCCCCUACUCCUCUGCCUCCCCUACUCCACAGCCCCCUACUCCUCUGCCCCCCUACUCCACAGCCCCCUACUCUACAGCCCCCUACUCUACAGCCCCCUACUCUACAGCCCCCUACUCUACAGCCCUCCUACUCUACAGUCCCCCUACUCUACAGCCCCCUACUCUACAGCCCCCUACUCCACUCCACAGCCCACCUACUCCUCUGCCCCCCCUACUCCUCUGCCCCUACUCCACUCCACAUGCGGAUUCAGACUACAGAAAAUCUCCCCAUAA